UUUUGUGGUAGGUCGAAAUGGGUAUUUCGGAGUCGAUGAAUAGACAUGUUCGUGCGCGCUACGAAGAUGAUGAUGAGCAAGAGGAGUUUAGCUCCGAGGGAGACGAGGAUGUCGACGGGGGGUUGAGUGAUGCGGACGAUGCAUCUGGCGACGAAAUUGACAACGAGAGCGAGAAUGACAGUGAAAGCCAAAGCGAGAGUGACAAAGAAGACAUACAGUCGCAAAUCCGCCAAGUAUCAUUCGGUGCCCUCGCCAAAGCGCAGGCCUCAUUAGGCAAACGCAAGCGCGACCAUACCACCACCACAAGCUCUUCGCAAGAUGCGAGCAGCAGUACUACACUAGACUCCAUCCGCGAACAACUCCGAAAAGCGCGGGAGCAGAAAGAGCAGGGAUCCUCUCACAAACACAACAGCAAACCCGCAGCACGCUCGUCAAAGCACGCGCCGACGGUGCAAUCAUCUAAAUACGCGGUAUCUCGCAAACGCAUUGUCGUCGAGCCGCCGAAUUCCGUCAAAGCACGCGACCCAAGGUUCGAUCCCACAGUGAUGAGCACCAGCAGCGCACAGCGCAACAGCAAUGCGGAGGCGACGAAUCGUGCAUAUUCGUUUCUGGACGAGUACCGCAGCGCGGAACUUAAGCAGCUUAGGGAAGAAAUGGUGCGGACGAAGGAUGCUGCGCAGAAGGAGAAACUGAAAAGGGCGAUUACGUCUGCGACGGAUAGGCAGCGGACGAUGCAGAAUCGGAAGAGGGAGAGGGAGGUGCUGAGUGAGCAUCGGAAGCGCGAGCGGCAGUUGUUGCGUGAGGGGAAGAAGAGUCAGCCGUAUUAUCUGAAGAAGUCUGAGUUGAAGAGGGAAGUGUUGAAGAAGAAGUAUGAGGGUAUGAAGUCCAAGGAGCGCGCUAAGGCGUUGGAGAGGCGUAGGAAGAAGGUUGCUGGGAAGGAGAAGAAGGAGUUACCUUGGAGUAGGAGAGGCUUGGAAUCGAGUUCAUGAGCGUAUAUCCUCUGUUUAUGUUUGGCGUAUUUAUUCAAUCAACUACAACGCACUGUCAACAAUGCAAAAGUUCAG